AAUGGAGAAACAUUUGCUUCUCCUUUCUUUUCUCCUUUUGUUCUCGUUUGGACAUCCCCGAUUUACCUCAGCUGAAGGAACAAGUGACGGGUUCGAGCAGUGGGGAUACAUCGACGUUCGACCAGGGGCUCACCUCUUCUGGUGGCUAUACAGAAGUCCGUAUAGAGUUGAAGACCCUUCCAAACCAUGGCCAGUACUGCUGUGGCUCCAAGGAGGCCCUGGAGGCUCCAGUGUUGGAUUUGGAAACUUUGGGGAAAUUGGACCACUGGAUGAGAAUUUGCAGCCCCGGAAUUUCACAUGGCUUCGAAAAGCAGAUCUUUUAUUUGUGGACAGUCCAGUGGCAACAGGCUUCAGUUAUGUAGAGGAUGAGAGCUUAGUAGUGAAAACAGACUAUGAAGCAGCAGCUGAUUUGAUCACUUUGCUGAUAGAGCUCUUCAAUGGGAAUGAGACCCUCCAAAAGAGCCCUCUGUUUGUCUUUGCAGAAUCAUAUGGAGGCAAAUUUGCUUCUGCUCUGGGAAUAACAGCUCUAGAAGCUAUUGAAGCUGGAAAACUGAAGGCCCGACUUGGGGGAGUUGCUUUGGGGGAUAGCUGGAUUUCUCCUGAGGACUUUGUGUUUUCGUGGGGACCUGUUCUUAAAGUCAUGUCACGAAUCGACGAGAAUGGCCUGAAUCAGUCAAAUAGUUUAGCCCUGAAGAUCCAGCAGCAACUUGCAGAAGGCAAAUCGGAAAAUGCCACCGCAACAUGGUCUGACCUGGAGGGAGUCAUCCUACGAUACAGUAAUAACGUGGACUUUUACAACUUCAUGUUAGACGAUGUGAGCAAUCCUGCGGCGGUGACGGAGAGCAGAACGAGGUCAAAUAGAUACAUCGAGAGAACCUCCGCUGGUGCAGGUGCAGCCAAUAGUGGCUUAGGAAACUUGAUGAACGGGCCGAUCAGAAAAAAGCUAAAGGUCAUUCCGGAUAAUGUGACAUGGCAAGGACAAGGUGGCUUGGUUUUCCCAGCCUUCCAUGGAGACUUCAUGAAACCAAGAAUCGAAGAGGUGGACAAGCUUUUAGCCAAAGGCGUGAACGUCACCGUUUACAAUGGACAGCUGGAUCUCAUAUGUGCAACAAAAGGAACAGAAGCAUGGCUCAAUAAGCUCAAGUGGGACGGUCUGAGCAGUUUCCUGAGUGAGGACCGUGUUCCUCUAUACUGUGGAAAAGGCUUUACUGGAUUCUCGGUGCUGGACACAUGGUACCCAUCGACCAGCCAUGCAUUUCCUUACAAAUGGUGGGCAGCAUCACUCAGUCGCCAAGCAAAUCUUAGUUUGAAAACCAAGCAAACUCAAAGCAGCCUUACAGCAACAGUAGACUUUUCAUAUCAAGGUCAGCACAGGCGAAAGGCAAAAACAGGACGCCAGAGAAUAGUCUAUUCACGUUUCUUGCAUACAAAGAAAGUGCUUUACAAAUAAUAAAGAUGAUUCUAGACCA